AUUUUCUGUAUAAUAAAUGUACUAGAUAAAUGAAUUUAAUCACAAUUCAAAUUAAUAUAAGUUUAUAAUUUAUUCAAAAUGUCAACUAAACUAAAAAGUUGUAUAGUCUGCGGUGAAAGUGCUAAGGGCUAUAAUUUUGGUGUCAUUACAUGUCAAUCGUGUAAAGCAUUUUUCCGGAGAAGUGCCCAUAAAUUCAAUACAAUACAGAGUCGUAAAUGUGGAUUUGGAAACAAUUGCGAUAUAAAUGUCUUAAACAGAAGAUAUUGCAAAAAAUGUCGACUCAAUAAAUGUUUUGCCGUAGGAAUGAGAAAGGAAAGGAUUCUCAAUGAAAAGGAAAAGUUUUUAAUGCGAAAGAAAAUCGAGGAAAACAGGAUUAAGAGACUAAACAUGUGGUCAGACACCAAACUAAUUGAACCUACAGUUAGCCCAGAAUCUGUUGGAAAUACAUUUAAUUCAGACGAGGAGUUUAUGAUACACUCGACCAUAAACUUUGACUCAUAUAUAAACAAGAUCAUUGCCGCCACUACGAGUUUAAAGGGUUUCCAAGACAUUUGCCCCGACGACCAAUUAACCCUGGUCAAAUAUGGCUGCAUUGAAAUGAAAAUGUUGAGGGCAAUCAUAUUCUAUCGUUACGAAUACCAAUGCUGGGUUGUCGAGGAUUGUCUGUUAAAAGUUGCCAAUGAGUUAGACUGCGAUCAUCUCAUACUUAUUCUGUUACUGCCAAUAGUACUGUUCAAUCCGGAAAGACCUAACAUUAUUCACAGAGAAGUGGUUAUUUUGCGGGGAAUGGGCAACAGGGACUCAAAUGAAUGGAUACUUACUGACAGGGAAAGGGAUAUAAGGCGAAAGAAAAUCGAGGAAAAUAAGAUCAAGAAACUAAACAAUCGUGUUAUUAGUGAUGAGGACUUGUGUGAAUAUAUUAAGCAAAUCGACAAUUUCUACUCAAAUGAAUACAUCGAUGAAAUCAAUGUCAGCGGAGUUGGUGAUGCAAAUCAUGAGGACAUCCCCUUACCAUUGAGUUUAGAGGCUCUGGUCCACUCACUUAAUAUUAAUGAGACAAACAUUGCUAUUAAUAAGCAAGUUACAUCCGAAACUAAUAAUAAUAACAGUAAUGAAUUGUCAAAUGAGAUAAUCAAUGGCUUGGAACUGGCUGUAAUCAUACACCCGUCCACUCAACACUCGUUUAUAAACUUUAAUGGUCUCAACAAAUAUGAAUUCAAUUGUUUGAAUGAGUUGUUGAGUGCCCUGAGCCAAAUGGGAAGGAUUCCGUACAUGAAUUGUAAUAUGCCUUCCGUUAGGAAUACCUUUAAUUCAAUGGAAGAGAUCAUGAAAUACUGGACAAUAAAUUUUGAUCCGUAUAUAUCACUCAUUGUUGACACCAUUCAAAAGUUAAGUGGUUUUCAAGAAAUGUGUCUCAACGACCAAAUAGCCCUGAUCAAGUAUGGGUGCUUGGAAUUUAAGAUAUUGAGAGCAGCCCUCUACUUUAAUUAUGAAUACCAGUAUUGGGCGCUUAAGGAUAAUAACGAUACAAUUAAAGCGAAUUUAAGCAUGUUCAAAAAUUACAAACAAAAUAACUCGUAUAAUAUGUUAAAGAAAUUUUUGUUAAGAGUUGCCAAUGAGUUAGACUGCGAUCAUCUCAUACUUAUCUUGUUAAUGCCUAUAAUACUAUUCAAUCCGGAGAGACCACACAUUAUGCACAAGGAAGUGACUUCAACGGAAAUUAUACGUCGGUUUAAGUGUGAAUCGGACGAGGAUUGUAAUAUAAAUGUCUUAAACCGAAAAUCAUGCAAAAAGUGUCGACUCAAUAAGUGCUUUGCCGUAGGAAUGAGAAAGGAAUGGAUACUGAAUGAGGAGGAAAGGCAUUUGAGGCGUAAACAGAUCGAGGAGAACAGGAUUAGGAAACUCAACAAGUCUUACACCAGUAGUAAACCUAUUAAAGGGACAGUUAGUCAGGAAUCGGACGACUCGUCAGACUCUUCAUUGUCAUCACUAUUAGCCGACAAUACAAUCAAUUCAAUCAGCGAUGAGGAGAUGUGUGAAUAUAUUAUGCAAAUCGAGAAUUUCUGCUCAAAUGAAUCCGUGGAUGAAAAUAAUAUUAACAUAACUAACGGUGCGAACAGUGCGGACAUACCCUUACCGUUGAGUUUGGAGACAAUUGUCGAGUCGCUGGAUAUUUAUGAGACAAAUGCAAAAACUAAUGAACAAAUUGUCGGAAACUUUACCGAAGUUUCAAACUCUAGUGAAUCUAACGCUACAAAUGAAUCUGAAAACCUUAAUGAAGUGGACAGUGGCCUGGAAAUGGCGUUAAUCAUACACCCGUCCACUCACCAGCCCUUGACUGACUUGAAUAGUCUCAACAAACAUGAGUUCAAUUGUCUGAAGGAGUUGUUGAGUGCCUUGAGCCAAAUGGGACGCAUACCGUUCAUGAAUUGUAACGUCAAUUCCGUUAGGAAUGCCUUCAAUUCGGUGGAGGAGCUCAUGAACUACUCGAUCAACAAGUUUGACGCAUAUAUCGCCGAAAUUAUUGCCACUAUUAAGAGGUUGAGUGGCUUUCAGAGCAUUUGCUUCAACGAUCAGAUUGCCCUGAUCAAGUAUGGCUGUAUGGAAAUCAAAAUGCUCAGGGCAGCCUUGUUUUUUAAUUAUGAGUACCAGUGCUGGGCUUUUGAGGAUAAUAACGACACAAUUAAACUGAAUUUGAAUUUAUUUAAGAGUUUCAAAGACAAUAAUACAUACAAUGUGUUGAAGAAAUAUCUGUUAAGAGUUGCCAAUGAGUUAGACUGCGAUCAACUCAUACUUAUCCUGUUAAUGCCUAUAAUACUAUUCAAUCCGGAGAGACCACACAUUAUGCACAAAGAAGUGAUUAUAUAUCUGAGAAUAAAAUAUGGUUCAGAAAGUAAAGUGAAGACUAAAUUCUUGAGGAUUUUCAAUGUCUUACAUGAUAUCCAAAAGUUACAAGAGUUGCACCGACAAAACUUCAAGAUUAUAAGCCCUGAUAAAUAUGGACCACUUUUGAAGGAGAUUCUUGAUGUCCCGGCUACUUAUACAGCGCUAUGCGCCUAA